AUGAGCCUACUUCGGAAAGGUGGAUUAAUUGCAAGCGGGGCUAGAUACAUAAGGACGGGGAAAUUUAAAGAUCCCAUAACUUACAAACAAGUGGUAAGUGAAAAAAAGGAGGAACGGAAAAAGGAAGUGGACAGCAUCAGGGGGAGCCAAAUAAAGUUUUUAGAGCUUCUACAUUUCGAUAAUGUAAAGACGCCGGAACCGAAGAAGUCGACGAAAAAAAAAGUACAAAAUGGGGAUUACGUAACUGGGAAGGGGGGCGUGAAAGGCCUCCUCCCAAAUGGAGGCACAAGUGAAAGCACAUAUGGAAGUACAAGUGGGGGACUCGAUUCCGGGUGGUACGGAGAAUGGAGGCAAUGCGAAAAAAAAAAUGACACACAAUCGGGCACAUACUACCGUGAUAGUUUUACAAACAGGAUUAGAAAAAAGGCACUCCUUAGACAAGCUAUGGGCAAAGAAGGCAAGAUGAUGGAAGCCCAAAGGCAGGACUCCUCUCAGGAAAGAAAGAGAGUUCUUCUCACGAAUGGAAGUAAAACCGAUUGUGAAGAUAACCAACGUAGUGGUAGUCUAACGCAUGCACAACUGCACGACAGCAUUAGCAACAUUCUUGUGGAGAAAAAAACAACGCUCAAGAAAAAAAUCCACCUGAUCAAUUUUUCCGUCACAAACAGUUACGUAAGUAAGAAGUAUCACAUACAAGUGAAAAACGACCCGUCUGAAAAUGGAUUUAGCAUAUCAGAACUGAAAUCGAUUGUGCUUUUUGAUGAGCUGGAAAUAAGCAGCGGGAACAGAGACGCGCCAGACGUGGCAACCUCCGGUGGGUUUUCCCACGCGAUGGCAGGGGGCCAAGCAGAGGGAAUUACCGACACUGAUGCUUUACAGAUACCUAGUCAGAGCCAACAGAAUAAGAAAAAAAUUAUGAGAAAGAUCUAUAAGGCGUCCAUAAACCACGUGCGGGAUGAAAACCUGUGGAAGAAAUAUGUCCAAAACGUAUUUAUCAUAUCGGGGUACCUGGACGCAAGCGACAUAGUAAUCCUAUUUUGGUGCUUUGGAAAAAUCGGCUACAGAGAUAAUAGGCUAAUGAAUUUGCUAUGCUCUAUACUACUGAAGAAGAUAAACGACCUGACAUCCUGUGCUUUAGCGUUAUUACUAAACAGUUUUAAAAAAUUAGAAAUGAAGAAAUAUGACACUAUGGAAUUAUUAACCAAUCAGUUUUGUCUGCAUAUCCAGAGGUGGACCUCCCAAGACAUGGCCCUGGUUGCUAACUCUUUGGCUUUUUUUUACAUAUAUCAUAAAGUCUUUUGGAAAAAAUGCAUUUUGAAACUUCAAAAUGGGUAUUACUUUUCUCACCCCUUACAUUUAUGCCUUAUCAUAUCAGCAUUGGCCAGGCUGGACAUCCGAGAGGGUAACGUUUUAUGUUCCCUAAGUAAAGGGGCAAAGAAAUAUGCAAAACAAUUCAGCCCAAAUAAUCUAGCUCUUGUUAUUCAUUCCUUCGCUAAGUUGAAGUUCUGUCAUCCCAAAUUUUAUAAUUACUUGUAUCAGUUUGUUCAUACAUAUUUAGAUAGGCAGCUUUUCAUGCGUGGAUCUCACAGAAUUGGCCAAUUAAAAGAGGGGUCCCAAAUGGAGGACAACGAACGCAGUGAAACGGAAGAAAGGGGGACCAUCUCACAGAUUGAGCAAAAUAUUGCAACUGUAAAUUCACACCUAGAGGAAACAACCCAUUUUGAUGAGUCCCCUGUUGGAGAGUACCCGCAUGUGGAGGCUACACCAAACUGUGACGCUGUGGGUACUAGUUGGAAUUCGCAGGACAGAGAGGAAGUGCCCCUUUGUUCUGUUCCCCCAGGAGGGGGGCAUGAAGAAUACGCUUACCACAGGGGUAGCAGUGAUAGCAGCGGAGGAGGCGACAGUUGGCGCGACACCCCGGUGAGGGGGAACGAGCAGAAGGCCCACUUCGACCUGCAGUCCCUCGUACUUUUACUCUUCUCGUGCACGUGCCUAAUCACCUGCACGGAAAACAUGAUCUUGAAACUGACCUAUCUGAUCCUACCUCUAAAGGAAUACUUGGGCAGUCACAAGGUGGAAAAGCUGAAAUAUGUUAGUGAGUAUAUACAGUAUACCUACCCAGAGACAUUUGCAAAAUUCCCCGAAGAAAUAAAAACGUUUUAUUACUACAUUGAUACUUAUGAAAUUGGAAAGAAAAAGAAAAAAGUGAAGUAUGGAGCAAGGUGGAUUAAUGAAUUGUCUAAAAUUCUAGCAAGAAUAAAUGUAAGUCAUUUAAAAAACAUAUACAUCAAUCAUAUAUGUGCAGAUAUAAUGCUACCAGACUCUCAAGUUGUCAUUAUGUGCUUAGGACCAUAUAGCUAUUACGUAAAUUCUUUGGUAACGACGUCUACUUCCGAUUUGAAAAGAUCCAUUCUUGAGAAAAAAAAAUAUAAAGUCAUCCCCCUGAGCUACCACGAAUGGAAUAAGCUGAACGACUACGAGGAAAAGAUUCGCUUUCUCUACGCCUUCGGGAGAGGUGCGGCAAACUACUUGUUCGUGAGCGCGAAAAAGGAAGCGGCGGAGGGGGAGAAGUUGGGCGAGGAUCAGCUCGACAGGGUACGGUUGGACGGGGCUGAGUCAGACACACAUACGUCGGGGCAUAUUUCCUCAUCAUCGAGGGGUGCAGAACACAGAGGGAGCUGCCAAAGCGAAGGCGAAAACGUAAAGGAGUGGGAAAAGUGGGCACCAUGCGAUGGCCCAAGUGAUGAUUCCAAACAGCAGAGCGAAAUUUGCGCGAACGAGCCAAAUCAACAAAGUUACACUUCCGAUGAGGAUGACGAAGUUAUCGAUUUCAUAAAAAAGGGAAUCAGCGUCGAUGCUGGGAAUGAAGAAGACACGGACAGGGACCACAUCGAAAUAGAGGAGAUAAAGAAAUUCUUGGAGGCUGAGAAAUUGUGA